AAAAACUACAAGUUGCAAAACAGUAGCCAAAUAUAGCAAAGGCUAAAAGUUAAAAGUGACAAAAUGCUAACUACAACUAGCAAAAAGCUGGUUCUAAACUCAAAGUAGUUUUUAAAAAGUAGAAUGCCGAAUCAACGUUCACACUUUAAAAGUCUUGAAAAGUGUUAAGCUUACAUACAUGUGUGCAUAAACAUAUAACACGCUGUAAAAGACAAUACAUCUAUAAUAAAGCAUUUUAAAAACAUUUUCCUUUCCUCUGAUAUAUCGCAUGAGAGCAGAGUGCGCACAUUUCCAACUGCACCUGAAGGCAUCGUCGGUUCAGGUCUGGCUGAUACGAACUCAACCCGAGGGACCACUCGGAGUUCGACCACGAAAACACGCUCUCACAUUCCCAGAAGCACUCCGACAAGUUCGUGUUGUAGGCUGGUGAAUAAACCACAAGCUGCUGGCGGGAUGAUGUGCUGCUGAUCAGUGAUGAGAGCGUUUCAGCUGUUGCAGAGGUCACAAAGAUGUCUCCAGAAGAACUGAUCUGUGGAUGACAGGAGAGAAAAACAACAACAACAACAUUGUUUGAGACAACACACCGUAUCCUCACCCAGAGCCAAAGAGAAACCUGUUCCAGUUCACAUAAGAGCCCACUUUCACUCCCAGUCAGCUGUUGCAAUGGCGAUGCAAGAAGCACUGUGGGUGUGCGUGGCUCUGAUGUGGGUCAGGAGCUGCACGUCCCACAGCCUGUUCACCUGUGAGCCUAUCAAGGUGCAUCGCUGCAUAGGGAUGCCCUACAACAUGACUUUCUUUCCCAACAUGAUGGAGCACUACGAUCAGGAUAUCGCAGCAAGUAAAAUGGAUCCCUUUAUGCCCCUGGUAAACCUGCUCUGCUCUCCGGACGUCCACCACUUCCUGUGCCAAGCCUUUAUUCCAGCAUGUACUGAGGAGAACAGAGUGAUCCGCCCCUGCAGGGAAAAAUGCGAGGUGGUUCUGUCUGACUGCAAGGGGGAUAUUCGCACUUUUGGUGUCACCUGGCCUCCCGAGUUACAAUGUGACAAAUUGGACCCAUGUGAGUUGCAUGGUUCUGCGCUUCCUUCAACCACCCCGUUGACCCACUCGGCACCUAAAAGGGACCUUGGUUUCUGGUGCCCUCUUCAGUUAAAGACCAAUCCAGGUCAUGGCUCAUUGUUCCUGGGUGCCCAGGACUGCGCUCCCCCCUGUUCCAACAUGUACUUCAAACCCCACGACAUUGAAUUUGCCAAGAGCUUCAUCGGGGUGUGUUCCAUCAUUUGCCUGGGUGCCACACUCUUCACGUUCCUCACUUUCCUCAUUGACGUGAAGCGCUUCAGAUACCCAGAGCGUCCCAUAAUCUUCUACGCCGUCUGCUACAGCUUUGUCUCGCUCAUAUACUUUAUCGGUUUCUUGCUGGGGAACCGUGCCGCCUGCACCAGAGCAUCUCACCCUGCAGGUGUGGACACCGUGGUGCUGGGCUCUCACAGCAAAGGCUGCACUCUGCUCUUUAUGCUCCUCUACUUCUUCUCUAUGGCGGGGAUCGUCUGGUGGGUCAUACUCACCAUCACCUGGUUUCUGGCAGCUGGACCCAAGUGGAGCUGUGAGGCCAUUGAGAAGAAGGCGGUGUGGUUCCACACUGCUGCCUGGGGAAUUCCCGGAGCGUUAACGGUUAUGCUGCUGGCCUUGAACAAGGUUGAAGGGGACAACAUCAGUGGUGUUUGCUUUGUGGGGCUCUACGACCUGGACGCGCUGCGGUACUUCGUCAUGGCCCCGCUGUGUGGGGGCGUUAUUGUCGGCCUCUUCCUCAUCUUGGCCGGCAUCGUUUCUCUCAACCACGUCCGRCAGGUGAUCCAGCACGACGAGCGCAACCAAGAGAAGCUGAAGAAGUUCAUGAUCCGCAUCGGCGUUUUCAGCUGCCUCUACUUGGUCCCGCUGGUCACCCUGUUGGCCUGCUACACGUAUGAACAAAGUCACCGCAGCACAUGGGAGAAUACGUGGAUCCAUGACCGCUGUCAGGAGUACAGUAUCCCCUGCUCUUACAAGGCUGUUGAGCUCCAGCGUCCUGACCUCUCACUGUUUCUUGUAAAAUACUUGAUGACUCUGGUGGUUGGAAUAUCUGCAGUGUUCUGGGUCAGCAGCAAAAAGACSUGUUCUGAGUGGGCCUACUUCUUCAACAGAACCCACAAGAAAGAUCCCAUCAGCGAGAGCCGCCGGGUGCUGCAGGAGUCCUGUGAGUUYUUCCUGAAGCACAACAGCCGAGUCCAGCACAAGAAGAAGCACUACAAGUCCAGCUCCCACAAGCUCAAAGUCAUCUCUAAGUCUAUGGGCACGAGCACCGGCAUUGUUCCAACUGGUGUGGGCAUCAUCACCAGUCAGGGCGUGUCUGCUGUGGGCAACACCCAAGGCUCGCUGUCUGACRCCCUGGCUAGAGAGCAGCUGGACCGAGGCACCUCCAGCCGAAGCUCCAGGAGAGGGGAGAAAGAACGGGAGAGGGAGGGGGGAGAGAGACGCAGCAAAGGAGGGAGCUCCAGCAAAGUCAGCAGCCAAUCAGAAAGCAUCAACCGAGUUCCAGAUGGGAGAUUGACUCCGAUGAGCGAGCUGUCGGAAGUCCGACAAGUUACSGUCGGACCCCAGCAGCAUCCAGCUUUAAACCUCUCACACACCUGCAUCAUCCAGGACACUGCCCACCACACGGUCCACCAGGUGUCUGAGGAGAGCAAGGACCCAAAGGAUAUCUGACCUCUGCAACCUUCCUGCUUCCUCCAUUCAUUCAUUCAUUCAUCCAUUCAUCCAUCCAUCUGUAGGAAUGAGUUAAUUAACGCUAAAAUUAAUCAUAACUCUUUAUGAUUAAUUCGUUUAAUUAUGAACGGAGCACCACCGGGUUUGAUUCUGGUUAACGCUAGCAAAACCUUUUUAUAUUUUAGAACUCAGUCUUAAAACAGUGAAGGAAUGAGAUUCUUGCAGUUUUCCGAUGCAGAACACGAUAAAACACGCAGGCAAAAAGCAAUCRCAUUUGGAGUACAUCCGUGUAUUAUUAAAAUGAGGUUCAGAGGAAAAUACAGGCAAAAGCACAAAUUGAGACCRUAUUAUUUUCACAGAUUGAUAUGUGACGUCGGCUUACWCAAGAUGGCUCCUACUURUGGACGAUUCUCCUGUACAUUCUAAUGAACCACUAACACGCUAAAAUCACCUUUCUGUGCUAGCAAAAUAAAUGGAAACUUCCUAAAAUUAA